AACUCGCGUGGUCAGAUUCCCGGGCAAAGGGGAAGCUGGUGCCUGGAGAGGACAAACAGGUGAAGGGCAGGAGAAGAAGCAUUAUAUGGAUCCCUUUGUAGUGUCUUUGGAAACAAGAAAGCAGAAAGUGGGAAAAGAGACAUCUGGGAAUCAAAGGGAACUUAAAAGGCAGAUGGUAAACCAAAGAAAGAAGAAAUCUUGUACUUUGCAGGAUGCUGUUAUUGAUGAACUCUUGAUCCCAUAGGAAGAUCACAAAGGAAAGGAAAGUGUCCAGUGUGGAGAAACUAUUAAAAAGUAAGCCAAAAUAAAAUUGGGGAACCUACAGGUGGGAGAAACCAUAUGAAUACAUGGAGUGUGGAAAGUGUUUCAGACUGUCACCACCUUACUUCACAUAAAAGAACCCAUAUAGAACAGAAAGCAUAUGAGCGCAUGGACUGUGGAAAGAGGUUCAGUGGGAGCUGUCACCGUACUUUGAAUCAAAGAACCCACACAGAGGAGAAACAAUAUGAGUGCAUGGAGUGUGGAAAAAGCUUCAGUCAGAAGGGCCACCUUACUCAACAUAAAACUACUCAUGCAGAGGAGAAAUAAGCUUACUUUACAUCAAAGAAUCCACACAUGCGAAAAACGGUAUGAAUGCAUAGAGUGUGUGAAAUGUUUCAGUCGGAGUGAACACCUUACUUCACAUCACAGAACUCACACAGGGGAGAAGCCAUAUAAGUGUCUGGAGUGUGGAAAGUGUUUCAGCCAUACUGGAAGUCUUACUUCACAUCAAAGAACCCACACAGGAGAGAAACCAUAUAAAUGUAUGGAAUGCGGGAAGACCUUUAGUGCAAGCUGCAAACUUAAUUUACAUCACAGAACCCACACAGGAGAGAAACCAUAUGUAUGCAUGGAGUGUGGAAAGAGUUUCAUUGAUAACGGAAGCCUUACUUUACAUCAAAGAACCCACACAGGGCAGAAGUAUGAAUGUAUGGAGUGUGGAAAAAGCUUCAGAUAUAGAGGAGGUUUAACUAAACAUGAAAGAACCCACACCGAAGAAAAACCAUAUGAAUGCAUAGAGUGUGGAAAGAGCUUCAGCGAUAGUGGAACACUUUCCUCCCAUCAAAGAAUCCACACAGGAGAGAAACCAUAUAUAUGCAUAGAGUGUGGAAAAAGUUUCAGUCGGAGUGAACACCUUACUUCACAUCACAGAACUCACACAGGGGAGAAGCCAUAUAAGUGUCUGGAGUGUGGAAAGAGUUUCAGUCAGAGUGGAACUCUUACUUCACAUCAAAGAACCCACACAGGAGAGAAACCAUAUAAAUGUAUGGAAUGUGGAAAGACCUUUAAAGGAAGCGGCAAACUUACUUUGCAUCAUAGAACCCACACAGGAGAGAAACCAUAUGUAUGCAUGGAGUGCGGAAAGAGUUUCAUUGAUAAUGGAAGCCUUACUUUACAUCAAAGAAUCCACACAGGGGAGAAACCAUAUGAAUGUAUGGAAUGUGGAAAAAACUUCAGAAGUAGAGGAGAGUUAACUAAACAUGAAAGAACCCACACAGGGCAGAAGUAUGAAUGUAUGGAGUGUGGAAAAAGCUUCAGAUAUAGAGGAGGUUUAACUAAACAUGAAAGAACCCACACAGAAGAAAAACCAUAUGAAUGCAUAGAGUGUGGAAAGAGCUUCAGCGAUAGUGGAACACUUUCCUCCCAUCAAAGAAUCCACACAGGAGAGAAACCAUAUAUAUGCAUAGAGUGUCUGGAGUGUGGAAAGAGUUUCAGUCAGAGUGGAACUCUUACUUCACAUCAAAGAACCCACACAGGAGAGAAACCAUAUAAAUGUAUGGAAUGUGGAAAGACCUUUAAAGGAAGCGGCAAACUUACUUUGCAUCAUAGAACCCACACAGGAGAGAAACCAUAUGUAUGCAUGGAGUGUGGAAAGAGUUUCAGUGAUAGUGGAAGCCUUACUUUACAUCAAAGAAUUCACACAGGGGAGAAGCCGUAUAAAUGUUUGGAAUGUGGAAAAAACUUCAGAAGUAGAGGAGAGUUAACUAAACAUGAAAGAACCCACACAGGAGAGAAACCAUACAAAUGUUUAGAGUGUGGAAAGAGUUUUAGUGUGAAAUCUAAACUUACUUUGCAUCAACGAACCCACACAGGAGAGAAACCAUAUGAAUGCAUGGAAUGUGGAAAGAGCUUCAGUGAUAGUAGAAACCUUUCCUCCCAUCAAAGAACCCACACAGGAGAAAAACCAUAUACAUGCACAGAGUGUGGGAAAAGUUUCAGUUGGAGCCACAGCCUUACUUCACAUCAAAGAACCCACACUGGAGAGAAGCCAUAUAAGUGUCUGGUGUGUGGAAAGAGUUUCAGUCGUAGUGAAAGUCUUACUUCACAUCAAAGAACCCACACAGGAGAGAAGCCAUAUAAGUGUCUGGAGUGUGGAAAGAGUUUCAGUCAUAGUGGAAGUUUUACUUCACAUCAAAGAACCCACACAGGAGAGAAACCAUAUAUACGCCUACAGUAUUCAGAAACAGUCCAGGACACACAGCAAGGACCUGCUAUUGGGAAUCAGGCUAUUAUCCUGAAUCAACAACAGUAG